GAGGGGAGCCCAUUUAGGGGUUAGGAUUUCAGAAGAGGCACGACUUUGGCAUUGCAUUUUGGCGUUUAUUUUCCCUGGUGUGCACUCUUGAAGCACAGACCUUUCUAGACUUAGUGACUUUACUAAAGCUUAGGGGGACUGUGGUACCCGAAGGCGGCCAGCUGCCUGACCUAAGAUUUACGAGUGGUUCCAAAGAUGAGACAAGGUCCCAGUGUCUCGGUGACAACAAGGUCUUUGAAGAACGGCCGAGAGCUGCGGUUGGAGAGGGGGAGGAGGCCCGUGGCAGGGGCGGCGAGCCCCUGAAUCUCCUCCCGGCAGGAGUUGGGCGCCCCGGGCGCGGGCGGGCAGCCCCGCAGGCCAUCAGCAUGCGGGAGCCGCGCGCUCCGUCCUUGAAGGGCUGCCCGGCUGACCUUGCCAGGCUUUCUCCGGAGAAAUCUCCCCGAGAGCGCGAGGACGCGGCCACGGCGGUGACUCAGUGCCCUGCGCGCCGCAUGCAAAUACUCCCAUCCAGCCAGCCCAGCUCCGCAGCCGCGGCUUCCCUUCCUGCCUCCUUUUUAAAAUAAAUUCCAAGAUGCAAACCCGGCGCUUUCGGCUCCACCCCUCCCCCUCUCUACCGCCUGCCUGUCGUUAGCCAGACUGUCCCAGUGUUUUGUCCCCCACCUCCCAUCUGCAGAACUGAAGGCCAACGUUCGUGCUCCCUCGCUGCGGGCCCGGGGAUCAGACGUGGCCCGCCGGGGCCGGGACCCGCGCUGGGCGACCGAUCCGGAGCCCGACCGGAGGGGGCGGUGCGCCGCGCUCUAGGCGCACAGGCGGACCUUGCCGGGACCCCGCUCCCCAUUGGCCGUCACCUCGGCAGGAGGGACCGCCCGAGCUCGGGGCACCUGGCGUCGCCCCUCCGCAGGGAAAUCAGAGGCUGCCGGGCACGGGCACUCGGAGGUAAAGGUAUCCAGAGGGAAGGCCUGGGGCCGCGGUCGACCUCCUUGAGGCGGGCCCUGUUGUGCCGCCGCCGCGGCGCGUGCGACGUUCGGAUGCCCCUGUGCGGGCUUCACCAGCUGGAAACUUUGCCGCGAGAAGUCCCCCACCUUGUGCCUGACCGCGCCGAGAGGCGCCUGGUGGGCCGCGCGCCCCCGGGGGCCCCGCAGCCUGGCGCGUGAUUGCGGGAGCCCCCAGGCGCCCGGCGCCCGCCGCGCCCCGCCGUGAGCGAGUGGCGGGCAGGAUGCGCUACGCAGACCCCUCGGCGAGCCGGGAUUUGUUAGGGAACCGAACUUUGCUCUUCAUCUUCAUUUGCGCCUUCGCCUUGGUGACCUUGCUGCAACAGAUCUUGUAUGGCAGGAACUACAUCAAGAGAGGCCUCCAGUUUGGUUGGCAGAGUGGCGACCAGCUGGCCAAUUGGACGGGGCUCUUUAAUGUCACGGACGACCCAGCAGUGCAGAGCGGCAGUGACUCCAGCUCCAGGUACUUUGAAUUUUACGAGGGCCCUUUCGAGUACAACUCCACGCGAUGCCUGGAGCUGAGGCACGAGAUCUUGGAAGUGAAGGUGCUCUCCAUGGUGAAGCAAUCGGAGCUGUUCGACAGGUGGAGGAGCCUCCAGAUGUGCAAAUGGGCAAUGAACAUCUCUGAAGCCAACCAGUUCAAGUCCACUCUGUCCAGGUGCUGCAAUGCCCCCUCCUUCCUCUUCACCACCCAGAAGAACACUCCCCUGGGGACGAAGCUCAAGUAUGAGGUGGACACCAGCGGCAUCUACCACAUCAACCAGGAAAUCUUCCGCAUGUUCCCCAAGGACAUGCCCUACUACCGGUCCCAGUUUAAGAAGUGUGCGGUGGUGGGCAACGGCGGCAUCCUUAAGAACAGCCGCUGCGGGAGGGAGAUCAACAGCGCCGACUUCGUCUUUCGCUCUGUCCCUCGCAAGUGGUUGAAGCUCUCAGGUCCUCAGUCUCCACAUCUGCAGGAUGGGCGCAAAUGGCGUAACAGAUGUGCAGACGCUGAGGACUCACGGGCCGUGCAGAUCUGUUGGUGCAACCUACCCCCCAUCUCUGAGAAGUACACCAUGGAUGUAGGGGUGAAGACGGACGUGGUCACCGUGAACCCCAGCAUCAUCACAGAGAGGUUCCACAAGCUGGAGAAGUGGCGGCGGCCCUUCUACCGCGUGCUGCAGGUGUACGAGAAUGCGUCGGUGCUGCUGCCCGCCUUCUACAACACGCGCAACACCGACGUGUCCAUCCGCGUCAAGUACGUGCUGGACGACUUCGAGUCGCCGCAGGCCGUCUACUACUUCCACCCGCAGUACCUGGUCAACGUGUCGCGCUACUGGCUCAGCCUGGGGGUGCGCGCCAAGCGCAUCAGCACCGGCCUCAUCCUGGCCACCGCGGCGCUCGAGCUCUGCGAGGAGGUGCACCUGUUCGGCUUCUGGGCCUUCCCCAUGAACCCCUCGGGGCUCUACAUCACCCACCACUACUACGACAACGUGAAGCCCCGCCCGGGCUUCCACGCCAUGCCCUCCGAGAUCUUCAACUUCCUGCACCUGCACAGCCGCGGCAUCCUGCGUGUGCACACGGGCACCUGCAGCUGCUGCUGAGGGCGCCGCAGGCUGCCCGCCCGCCCGGCAAACGGAACCUCGCUCCUCCUCGCCCACCUGCCCGCAGGGCCGGGCCAGGGCCUGGGCCUGGCGCUAAGGCUGGCGCCUCCCCGGACACUCAGCUUCGGGCCUGGCUUCGGGCGGGGAGGCAGGGAUGGGGGCAGAGUGGAGCCAGCUCCUUGCUGAGCGGCCGCCCUGCUGGUGGGUAGCACGUUCCUGGGCCGCACCUCGAGAUCGGGCCCUGGGGAUUGCAAGUGAAUCAAGCACACUGACGCUCAGUUUUGGCAUCUGAGUGAACACAAACUGUAGUGGCCUCUUUGCAGUUAAAGGAAGGCGCUACGCAGAACGGAAAAGAGAACAGAUGUGUGAGCACGGUUAAGAUUUAAUCCAGACUUUGGGGUUCCUGAGUCUUCUGCCAUGAAUUGCUGUCUUGAACCUCAGAGCCAGCCCAGCAGUCAGACCUUCCCCUGAGGACAGUGGCUCAGAGAAGUCCGGGAACUUUCGACCAAGGCUCCAUCAACCCACUGAGUCCAUUAAGUGAUGCUGUGAGAUCUGAUAUAAAGCCUGCGUGUUAGGACGUUCGCUGAGACCCCAUCAGCCGAGGAGAGCCCCGCCCUUUCAAACACAUCCACACACACAUAUGCGCACACACACGUCUUGGGGCCUCCAGGUUCAAUCCUGCGUUUGAGCUUUUGGUGAGAAGGAAAUAAACCAGACCAGCCAUUUGCACUAAGAUUUUCAAGCCAGUGUUACCGACUCAGUAAGUGCUUAGCGACUUGCUUCCUCUUCCGUCUCCUUAUUUUCAGCUCUGUUCUAACCAGGAGUUAUUUAUAAGAGCCGUCCCUCUGUGUGUUCCUGAAUACCGCAGAAUCCUGCUGUAUCGUGUUCCUGAAUUGGAACCUUAAGACUCCGGAUUGGAAAGCGCUGAUGUGUGACUGGCAAGCUUGGCGGAUGAAGGUGAGCCCUGGCCUCCGACACCAGCAUCACUGAGGUUCUGCCGGAAAGGAGGGACUUCCCAGCCUGGUGGCCUUCACACGCAUGGACCCACGGGGCCUGAGCUUUGGGAAGUUAGCUGUGCCUGGGCUGAAGGGGGUUCACGUGUCAUUUCAUGUCCCUUUGCUUCCCCUGUGGAAUAUCCACCAGGGAUGUGGCUGUGCCUCAUACACACCGUUGGUGAACUGCCUUAGAACUUAGCUUUGUGGAAUCGUACAUCGUUAAUACUGGGGUGUCUCAGCCUCCCUCCUCCCUCCCACUUCUCUCUCCCUCCCUUCCUCCUUUCUCCCUUCCCUCCCAUAAACAUUUCCAGGAACCUUUUCUGCUCUGGUUUGGGGCUGGGCUUGGGAAGAUCUGAUGACAGAUAAAGGCAGUAUCUCUGUCUUCUGAGAGUGGAGGGCAGACUGUAGACAAAUUCUGGCCCCGCGUGCUGGGUUCUCUGAGAGAAGGAGGAGGAGGGGCUGAGAGAGCCCAGCAGGGAGUGGGACCUUUCGUCUGAUCACCUCAUUUUACAGGCAGAGCAACAGGCUCAGCCAGCGAGAGACAGAGGAGGGCACAAGCCCUGUCUGGGGCCUCCCGGCUCCCCACCCAGGGCAAAACCCCUUCAUCUUGCUUGUGUGUCCUGUUGGCGGGCCAUUAUGGAACGAGAGCUCCAUGCACAGCACUGUCCUAGGUACUGACCUUGGUUCUGAGCUCUGGUCCCGACCAGGGAAACCUUGGGCUGCUCUGAGCCUGUCUGUUCGUCUGCAAAGCAAGGAAGUAGCCAGUGAGACAAAGAGGGCCCAAGGGCUCGGCGAACCGGGAGACACUACCAAGGACAGGGCAUGGUUAUGCUUUCUUGGGCUCUGCCUGUUUCUCCCAAGGAAGGAACGUCUGGGAAGGAUUCCAGUUAACUGAGGUUUCCCACCACUUGUUUGUGGUUAAUUGAGCCUGGUUCUUGAAACUACAGAUUUUCAGAACUGGAAGGUUCUUAAACACCAUUUUGUCUUCCUUAAGAAAACAGGCUGAGAACAGGGAGUGACCUGGAUCAAGUCGUGCCAGGGGCUCUACUGAGUGCCUGCUGUGGACAGAACCCUCUACCGGCAGCCCUCUGGGUAAAGUUUAUGUUCCAGAUGGGGCUGUGUUUGGGGGCAAGAGCCUCAGUGAGCCAGACACCAGACACCUGUAGCCGACGGUGUGGUGGGCUGGUGUCUGCCCCAGACAGGGCCCUCGUGGGGGCUGGGAGGGGGGGUUAACCAUCCACCCUAUGUAAGCGUUGGAAUCCUGGUUUACAGUCCUAUUUCAGCCUGUGGGUCUUAGGGCAAGUCCCUCCCUCUCCUUUAGGGUCUCAGUUUCCUCAUCUCUACAACUAGAGGUUUAGAAAAGAUCCCUAGGAUCUCUGCAAUCUCUAAUUUUAUUAUUUUUGGAACUAUUAAUGAUGUAUGGAAUUAAGCCAUAAAUAACGUCUGUUGCUAUAAUAGCUAAGAUUUACCGCGCGCUCAUUCAGUGUCAGGCCCUCCACUGGGGACUUCCGUGGCACUGUCUUCUGUGAUCAUCACAAAACCCCUUGGGUAAGAAGGCUCCAUUGGGCAUGUGGGGAGACUGAGGCUCAGAGCGUUUCAGUGGCUUGCCCACAAUCAGGCACCCAGCGAGGGAAACCACACCCAGGUCUGUAGACUCACAAAGCCUGUGCUCCAAAUUUCUUUCUUAGCCGCUUCCAGCCAGUGUCACCAGGGCUAGGCCAGUGGGAACCUGACUGAGAAGCCACCUCAGGGUGGUGCCGGGCCCUGCUCUAGGGACAGUGCUCUGGGAGGCUGUCAAGGGUCCCGGGGGUAGUCUCUGCUUGUAGGUAUUCCCCUACCCACCCAGCCCUGCCCCUGGCAGCAGCACUAACCCACUCUGAGUGCAGCGUAUAGAGGGGAGCUGAGACUGUCUACCCAUUUCACAGAAAGUGUACAUGUUACAUGAUGGCAUGUUGAGGGGCUUGCCCAAGGCCACAUGGCCACCCAGGGGCUCAACAGGUACUCGGUCUCCUGACUUCCAGGCCACACUCUUUCUCCUGCAGCCAGUGUUUGUGGGAAAAGCAGAUUUUCUGAGGCUCAGAGAGACCUGGGCAUUGACUCCGGAAGCCACGCCAUGUUUCUCGCAGUCCUGUCCGCAUCCCACCGUGCAGUGCAGUCGACCAGUUAAACUCUUACAUAAGGGAAAUUGAUUCCCCAAAACAAAACAACCAUUGUGUCUUCCUUUGUACUAUACCCACUGCUCUAGGCUUGAAAGGCAGCAAAACGAGGAAACAAUUCGAUGCUUAGCCAAGCAGAAAGGAAGGUGGCUGAAGGUCAGAUGUGGCCUCUGAGACCGUUUCAGCAGUGCUGCUGCGGCAGCUCUGCCCACUGCAGAGAGCAGAGAGCAGAGAGCCCAUCCAUCGCCCUUGACUCUGUGAGUGUGGGGAGGAGGCAGGGGCAGGGCUUGCUGACAACUGAGAGAGAGCACGGAGCUGGCUUCAGCCAGGCAUUCAGUAAAUCGUUACUGAGCACUUGUUUUUUUGCUAGCUGCCGUUGAACUAGUGAUCUGCAGGUUGUAGCCCUGGCCCUCCUGGAGCUUCCGGUCUGGUGGGCGUGUCCAGGUGCUGAACUGAGUCCCCCAAGCACAGAUAGGAGCUGAGCUGAGCUGAGUGCUGGCAAGUCUGGGCUCAGGGAUAGUCACCACGAGAGGAACAAGUUCAGCCCUGAAUUCAGAAGGUUGGCAGAAGGACUGUAAUUGCCAAAGCAGUGGUUCUAUCUCAGGCUUCAUCCUUAACAUCCAUGUGACACGUGACGGGAGUGGCCUCACUGAUCUUUUGAGUCCUCCUUUCCAUUUUUUUUUUUUUUUUUUGGUAACAAACCACUUACCCCCCUCCGCCCGACUCUCCUCCCCUCUCUCUGAAUGCUCCUGCUCAGGCUCCUCUGUUGAUUCAUCUGUGAAGCUUCCUCAGGGUUCUCUUCUCUCACUAGGAGCGUUCCUGCAGAAAUUGCAUCUGUUCGUAGCCUCAAGUCUCUCCCGUUCUUGCAUCUUACACCCCUUACCUGGAGGCCAGUCUCCCUUGAAGCAUCAGAAACACGCUCACCAUGGCCACAUCAACAUCAUACCUGCUCAGCAUCUCAAACCUCGACAUGCCCUCAACUGGUACAGUGAAAAGGACAGUCUGGGCUCAAAGUCACACCCCCCCCCACUUACUAGUGACCUCAGGGGGAGCUGCCAAAGCCCCUGGAGGAUCUGAUUCAUCAUCUGAGGUCGAACCUGGUCACCAGCCUCACCAGCUGUGGAACAGGGCUGCACAAUGCCUAGCACGGUGCUGGCACAAAUUAGACACCUCUUGUCUUUCCUGGUCAACCCUGGGAACGGCUCUACUGCGUCACUGACCUCUCAGCCCCAAACCUGGGUCACCCUUGGCUCUUCCUUCUUCACCUUCUGUGAUUAUUUGCUCACCAAAUCUUCAAGCUCAACUCAUAAAUAUCCCUUGAGUUCAUUCCCUACCUAUAUUCCCUCUGCCACUGCCCAAACUUGGGCCUUUCUGACUGAUCAUUCUGUUCCAGAUAAUUACCUUCUGGAAAUGCCUCUGGUAGAGCCUGCUGCCUUUUUUAUACCAUGUAGUCCAGAUUCCAUACCCAGUUGUGCAGGGCAUGUCCCAGGCUGGCUCAUUCACCCUCCCAGAGACCCUCCUGCCACCACUGUCCCCCAGUACUCCUCCAGGCACUGUGCCUUUGCACAAGCUGUUGGAAAUGCCUGGAAUGGGCCCACAUGCUCACCUCCUCCCUCCGCUUUGCCCCACUGCUUUUGCAGACGUCAGCUUAUGGUCCCCGCCUCUUCCCCUUUGUGGGCUGGGUACUCCCUCCAUUGUGCCUCUGCAGCAGCCGUCACUAACCUCCGUUAGAACAUCCUCACAGCACACUGCAUGGCUGCCCCUGUGCCCUUGGCUGAGUCUGUCCUUUCCCCAAGGGAAGGCACUGCCUCUGGCUCAUGCUGGCGUCCCCAGCAUCAGCACAGAGCCACGUGUUAACCAUAGCAGUGGGGUCUCUGGUUGGCUGGUGGGUUCCGGUGGUUUGGGAGACCCCAGUAAGAACCUAACAACCUGGGGUAAUUGUCAGUUUAAGAACAUCCUCCUUUGAUGGUGUUUUUGCCUGGUACCUUCUGUGUGGGAAGCACUGAGCUUCACAAAGCUGCCCCCACCUGCCUUGGGGAGCUUGGGCCGCAGGAGCCUGAAAUGUCCCUGUUGCGAUGGUUGCCGGCCCCAACCCCCAGUCUCUGCUACCUUCUUUUUGUUCCCUCCCUUUGUAAUCUUCUUGCUCAUCUGCUUCUUGCCUGCUAACCAACUCUUUCUCUCUAGUUUAAACAAAAGAGAGAAAGAUAUGGUCUUUUUUCCCUUCCCUCCCUCAAAACCAUGGAGGUUUGUCAGGAUCAUAGGUCGCUGUGCUGAGGUGCAGGCUGGGUAGCAGCGUUGGAGGGACUGGCCAAUAAUGUGUCAAGAAGGAGUAGAAAGUGCUUUAUUUAUUGGCUUGGAAACAGAUGCGCUGAGCUUUGCAAAAUGUCUUCUGAUGCCCACUGGAAGGAAGUCCAGGCGCUUGGGGGUCUCCCUGGGGGGAAGGAAUGGUGCUACUCUGAGUUCAGUGCACCCCCUGGCCUCUCUGCCUGCAGCCAGGGCACCCCUCCAGGAGGAGGCUGGUGUGGGUUAUGGCCAGGAGAGGCCAGGCCCCUGGUGUGCCGAUGCCCACGGUGUGCCCUUUCCUGUUCUUUGGAGGGCUGAUCAAGCCAGGCCAGUCUAUGGAGGUAGAUUAGAUCCUAUAAGGCACCCGGAUAAAGCAGUGUGUUCUCCAAAGGGCAGACUGUAGAUCACCUAUACCAGAAUUUCCUGAGUGCUUGUUAAAACCCAGCCUCUGGCCUAGGAACCUGGGGGAGGAGUGGUGAUACCGGGCAGUCAGCAUUGUAACAUCUCCAGGUGGUCUCGGAGCCCACAUCUGCUGGAUACCCGGGCUCUGCACUGCCUGUGGGUCAGCGGCACCACCAGGUGAGUGAUGAUGUCCGGCUGGAAAAUCAGCCUGGAGUCUUCAGUGAUGAAACAGCAAAAAACAAGACUCUGGCACGCAACCCAAUUUCUGCAUUUUCAAGAAAUAUGAGUAUAAAAUAUAAUCUGCUGUUAAAUUAGCAACAAAAAUUAACUGCUCAAGAAUCUAUAACCUUUAGGAAAUCUGUUUUGGCCUUGACACGGUCAGAGAUUUCUUUUUUUUUCCUCUGUUUUUUUAAUUGUGGCAAAAUAUAUAUGUAAAAUGUACCAUCUUAACUAUUUUUAAGUGUACAGUUCAGUAGUGUUAGGUACAUUCACAUUGCUGUGCAGUCCAUCUCCAGAAUGCUUUUUUCAGUUGCAAAACUAAAACUCUUUACCCAUUAAAGGAUAAGUCCCCCCCUCCCCCUCCCCCAGCUCCUGGCAUUCUGUCUCUGUGGAUUUGGCCCCUCUACAUGCCUCAUAUGAGUGGAAUCAUAGCUUCUGUCUUUUUGUGGACUGGUUUAUUUCCUAUAGAAUCACUUAGGUAUAAGCUGUUCUUAAAUGACGUUAAUUGUUUUCGGGGUCCCCACACUAGGACUCUGAUUUUAAUUUUUGCCCAGAGCUGUUGUCCCGGGCCCUCGGUUGGUCCCUGGCUUCUGGUGACGUCAGCACAUUUGCUGAGGGUCAGAGCAGACCUGGUAUUGCUUUGCUCAGUUUGACUCAGCUGUCCUGGCCAGCCAGGGUCCUGAGAGGCAACAGCCUUGCUCAUCUUCAAUAAGUCUUCAGUUAUUUCCCCUGCAUAAUCUCUUCUGUGAACCUUCUUUUUUGAGAAAGAAUGAGGACCCAUUACUGUGACUUAGAUCUUGGCACAAAAGCCAGAAAUCAGUGACUGUCUCUCUUUCCAGUAGGGGGAUGGUUCCCUUGGCAACCAAGUAACUCAUUUCCUUCAACUAAAAGACUUACUCAGCUUUGGGGUAAAAAGUUUUAUUUCCAGUAGAACUGUAGUUCUCAACUUUGUACGCGCAUUGGCUUCACCUGGGGAUCUUUAUAAAGGUCCCAGAGAAUCUGAUUCACUUGGCCUGGGAAUGGGACCCCAUAUUUUUUAAAAAAUCUCAAGUGACUCGCACAGUGCUGGAGGCUGAUUGCCCUGAGGUGGGGCGUCUGCCUUAACUGUACAGUGGCGUCAUGUGAGGAACUUUUAAGAACUGUUCGUGCCUGGACUCCAUCCCUGGAUGUUCUGACCCAGUUAGCCUGAGGUGUGAUCUGCGUAUGAGGGCUUUUCACACCUUCCAGAUGGUUCUGCCACGAGGCUGAGGUUGAGAACCGCUCCUCUAGGUCAGCAACCCUCAAACUUGAACCUGCGUCAGUAGUCACAUGGGGAGCUCAUUGGUCCCUGGGCCCCUCCCCGGAGUCUGAGUUGGUGACCCUGGCGUGGAGCCUCCUCUCCAGCUCCCAGGUCACGCUGAUGCUGGACCCAGGACGACCCUCCCGCUGCUCUCCGUGAUCUUGCAACUAGCUCAGCCCUGCUCUGCUGCAUUUGUUUCCGGGUUAGGGGUUGAGAGCAUCUGGUUCAGGAUUGAGACUUUUUUAAAGGGACCCAACAGCUCUUUUCCUGAACAUUUUAAACAUUUAAAUAAACACUAUGGACAUCUUUAAAGCAAAGUUACCUAGGUUUCUUCUCCCAGGGUUAGGAGGUUCAGAGUGUGCCCAAACUGAGAAUUCACCUGCUCCUGGGAUUAGGAUGCAUUUUGGGAUGAGAGCUAAGGGGCUGGGAGUCUGUGGAGCUUGGGACCAGCCUGUGACCAGGUGAGGGUGGCCCUGUGACCGGUGCAGGCGUGUGAUCAGAGCGCCACACUGUUCUCUAACAUAGGGAGUUCCCGGCCCUCUGUGGUGGGGAGGCAGGGAGCUGGACUCUGCCCACCCCAUCACACCCGUGGAACACAAACAAGGGAGGCAGUGAUGAGGAACCGGCCCAUAGAAAUGGGCUGACGUGACCCAAGGGUGUUCACACCCCACUGCAUUAUGCUCUUCCUUCCUGUCCCACUUGCUGUUGGAAAAGGCUCAAGUUGAAACGAACUAGCCAGUGCCUGGACCCUGCUUCAGUCUCUUCUGCCUCUAAUUGGAGGCAAAUCCCCUGCCCCUUACUUCUGAAGAUGUCCUCAGCAGGGUGGUCCCCGUGGCAGCUCACAACUCCGCAUGCUGCCGCCACAAAGUUUAUGAGAGCACUUGAACAUCCCGAGAAUUUGUUAAAGGAGAAAAUAGUCACUGUUUUGCUGAAACAAGGUCAAAUCACACCCCACUCCCCAGGGCCACUUACCCAGCAAAUUCGCUCAGCCCCAGGGAGCUGGGGACCCAGGUGAAGGGAAAUUGAUUUUGAGCCCCUGAAAUAAUGCUAUUAAGCUCUCUAUCAAAGAUCAAACAUUUUGCUAACAGCAAAUCCCUCAUGGCAUUCACUUUAAUUUUAAAUUCAAUUCUAGUGAACUUGAUUCUGGUUUCUAAUAAUAAAGCAAAUUAAGAGAAAUGAUAACAGGUGCUAGACAGAGCAAGAUGUGGCAGCUAAUAGACUAAUAUUAACGGCAUUCAAAAGACCAAAACUGUACGUCUCAGAAAAUACCAAGUGAUCUGAGGCUAUUUAGUGGAGGGGCAAAUAUGUAGUAACAACCCCAAGGGCAACAAAACAUUUCAGGUCAGCCUGUCUUACGGCGUCCACAACCACACACAGGUACGAAACUGUUCAAACAGCGUUCAGUCUGCUGUGCUCAGCAGGGCAGAGAAGCAUUUUAUCUACUUUGGAAAUAUUUCCAUCCCCAAACACCUAAAAGACAUUCACAGAAAUCUUGGUGCUUAAAGGAUUAGCCCUCAGUUAUCUCGAAGUUCAAGUAUGUGAACUAGUUCAUUAUCUGAUAAUACAGGAUUCAUGAGAUGGGUAAACUCACUUUUAGACUUAGUUUCCAUCUGACAUUUGCUGCCCCUCCCUUGAGGAAAAACGAUGAGAGGAGGGGGAGGGGCACCCCUUCCACCUUCCCACCUUAAAGGGGACAUGCAGCGUGGUCGGUGGUGGGGGGUGCCUUUUUCCCGCACCUCUGUCUUCACCUGCGGUGUCUUUAUUGCAUGGGGGAGGGGGGCUCAGGAUCUCAGCUGGGGUCGGGGCAGGCUCUGCCAUGACUCAGGCCUGGAUUUAUUUGUGAAUUUAAGAAUAUGAUUAUUUUUCAUAUUCUUUUGAAAGUGAACACUUCUACUUUCUAAACACCUUCACCAUCCACUUUCUUACCAGCCCUCACUGCAGUCCUAGGGGGAGGGGGAGGCAGAGAGUGGCAUCACGACUGGACUGAGGCCCAGGAAGAUGACAGGCGUGCCCUGGGUCACACGGAUUGGUGGUGGAGCCCUGGUUGGUGUCCAAGCUCCCCCAGGGUGUCCGAGCUCCCCCGGGUUGGGGUGGGUGGCUGUGUCUUGCUCUCAUCCCUGAGGCCCUCCUGUUUUCUUCUCUCUAGUUUGUCAGGCUGGCUGGAGUCUGGUUCAGGCCUGGGCCUUACCCCUGGCCACACGCCCUGCCCAGAGUCUGUGUGGUUGGCCCUUUUUGGUGUUCGUUCCCUUCUGGGAGCCCAGAGCCAGAGCAGUAGGGGCUGUGCCUUGUGGGGUGGGAGGGUGGCAGAUAAACUUGGCAGAGGGUCACCCAAGACCACAGGCCUACUAAGCAAAGCAGGAGUGGGGAAGGGGUUGGUGGCAGACUCAGCAGUGCAGCCCCCAGUGCUGUGGCCAUUUGGGGGAAACUGGUGGGGUCCCAAGUGACAGCUCCUGCCCGCCUUCCUGCGCCUUCUCCAGCAGGACCCUCGGCCCCCACUGUGGCUGGCUUCUGAGCAAGCCCCUCUUCCCAAGGUCUGGGGGGCAGCUGGUCUCCCCGUGCUCUGCACACAUCUUUUAGGGAUGCAGCAUAGUCUUGGUGGCCUGCAAAUUGCCUUUCUGGACCCAACUGACCUCCCUUCAGAAAGCCAUAACUCUCCUUCAAGUCCGUAUGUUCGAACUGUGAAAUAUAUGCAAAUGUGUAUGUGUUUUUUAAGCUAACACUUUUAACUCAAGGAGGAUACAAUGGGUUGUUCAGUGUUACCACUUGGAAUCAACCCCCUGCCACUUUGCUCCCAAAAUGAAGCCAGGACAAUGGGCGUCCGCAGGGGAGCUGUGGAAACCCUGGCCCUGUAGCCACGUGCUCACUGCCCUGCGCCUGCGCGUGGCUUCAGCCACGGCUUGGUGUCAGUUUCCAGGAGCCCACAUGCAGGCAGCUGAGAGGCCUCCUGUGUGUGAGGACAAAGUGGCCACGUGGACGUGACCUCCAUGGGCUUCUCAGCCCCAUCCCUCCCUUGCUUUCCCCUCCCAAGAGCCAUAUCUGCACUGUGCUCGGCGGAGCCUUUCCCAUUGGACAAGAGUUGGGAGACUGUGAUGUCGUUUGCUGGAAUGGAGAGAAAGUCGGUCUGGGCAUGGAGAUGGAGCAUCGCUUAAAAAAAAAUCCCUCUCUUGCUCUGAUUGAUUUACUCCCUCCAUUUGCCCUGGAGAGAAAUGCUCUGUGCCCUUCCAAAGCUUCGGGGAGUGGGGCUGCAGUGGCCAUCUUAUUUUCAUGCAAAUUUUGUUCAGGAACGGGGUUCACGCAAACUCCUGCAGCAUAAUUCUAGCUUGUGUGUGGCUGUCCUUGAGUGUUCCUGAAGUGGUGACUGUAACUUACGCCUAAGAACAUAAUCAGGGUAAUUUGUAUCUGUCACUGUGUUCGAGAAGCACUCAAUUUCUACCCAAUAAAACCAGUCAAAUUGUU